AUGGCCGACAUCCAAGCAAUUAGCAAACAGUUUACUGAUUACUACUAUGGUACAUUCGACAGUAGCCGCGCCGGCCUCGCUCCUCUUUACCGUGACAACUCCAUGUUGACUUUCGAGGGUGUUCACACUUUGGGUGCUCAGGCUAUUGUCGAUAAGUUAAUCUCUCUUCCUUUCCAAUCAGUUGUCCACAAGGUUUCCACCCACGAUUCUCAGCCAUCUGAUAACAACUCUAUUGUUAUUUCUGUUACUGGACAGUUGUUGAUUGACAAUGAACAGAACCCUCAAUUUUUCACGCAGACUUUCUACUUGAAGCACGAUGGCAGCAACUUCUAUGUUGCCAAUGACAUCUUCCGUCUCGUUUAUGCAUGA